AUGGGUUGUGCUCCUUCCACCAACGAUCACAAUAAUGUUUCUCAUCCAUCAAACACGGACACACCCACUCGCAUGAAUCCACGCUUAUUUAUGAGUUCUGGUGAAAAUGACAGCAAACAAUAUUCGAAAAAUUUCUACCAGAAUGUAGCCAGUUUUAAUCAAAAUGGCUUAAUAACCCUUGAACAGGCGUGUAAAGGUCUUCAAGUUAACGGUUUACAGCAGCUAGUCCAAAAGGCAAAGAAAAAUGCUACACAUCCUAAACAAGGACUAACACAAGAUGAACAUGCCGCUAUCUUUCUCUACACACAAGACAGUCCAUUCUACCAACAACUCAAUGAAUCUUUGCGGCAAAAUGAUGAACGUGCUUUGACUGCCUGGUACGGGUAUUUACAACUCUUCCUGAAUGCGCUUCAUAAACUACCAAUGUAUCAUGGAACAGUGUGGCGCGGCAUUCCGCAUAAUUUGAAAAUGCAAUACAAGAAAGACGAUGAGAGAGUAUGGUGGGGAUUCAAUUUAUUUGAAAAGAAAGAAAAACUCGAUGGACAAAUUUAUUGUGAUUCAUGUGAGCAAAUUGCUGGAGGUUAUCAGAAGACCAGUCUUGGUAGUUUAUCUCCAAUUAUUAUUGUCCAACUGAAACGUUUUCCAUUCGAUGGAACACAUCGAAAAGUGAUGACCACAGUUGAUUAUCCGCUCAACGAUUUCGAUUUUUACCGAAGUAAUCAACGAAAGUCUGAAGAUCUUUACGACCUUCUUGCUAUGUCAAUGCAUGCGGGUUCUCUCGCUUCAGGUCACUAUACAGCUUGUGUACGCCACAUUGGAACCAACGAGUGGUAUUAUGUUAACGAUAAUCACUACGAACGCAUUACAGAUUUACAAAUUAUAUAUAGUAAUCCUAAAGCAGUAUCGCUUAUCAUGGGCUGUGCUCCUUCCACCAACGAUCACAAUAAUGUUUCACAUCCAUCAAACACGGACACACCCACUCGCAUGAACCCACGCUUAUUUAUGAGUUCUGGUGAAAAUGACAGCAAACAAUAUUCGAAAAAUUUCUACCAGAAUGUAGCCAGUUUUAAUCAAAAUGGCGUAAUAACGCUUGAACAGGCGUGUAAAGGUCUUCAAGUUAAUGGUUUACAGCAGUUAAUCCAAAAAGCAAAGAAAAAUGCUACACAUCCUAAACAAGGACUAACACAAGAUGAACAUGCCGCUAUCUUUCUUUACACACAAGACAGUCCAUUCUACCAACAACUCAAUGAAUCUUUGCGGCAAAAUAAUGAACGUGCUUUGACUGCCUGGUACGGGUAUUUACAACUCUUCUUGAAUGCACUUCAUAAACUACCAAUGUAUCAUGGAACAGUGUGGCGCGGCAUUCCGCAUAAUUUGAAAAUGCAAUACAAGAAAGACGAUGAGAGAGUAUGGUGGGGAUUCAGUUCGUGCACGUCAUCCU